CUAACGUUGAUACGUUGCAUUGACAUUGACCCAUUCUACUGCUACCUGUAUGUAAGAGAGUGACUAACGGAUAAAAACAAAACUUUACUCGUGUGCAACAUUUUUUGAAGAGUUUUUAUCUUCAGCUUUCUCCAUCAGGAACCUUGUUUUCUGAUCAAGCUCACAUCAUUAGAUUUUCGGUGUUCAAGUUAGUGUUGGUGUGGACGGAGGUCGACAGAGCUUUAGCUGAAAUCAGUCUACCGACCCGAUGCUUUCCCCGGGCAGGACCAUCUCCUCCCGGCUGCUGAGGCCGGCCUCGUGGCUUCCUUUUCGUCUGUGUCCUGAGCGGACAGCCGUUAGAUCCAUGCAAAAAGAGCUGAUCAAGAAACAAGAACUGGAGAAAGAUGAGCUGCGGCCCCUCUACAUGGACUUCCAGGCUACUACUCCUAUGGAUCCUCGAGUCCUGGACGCCAUGUUGCCAUUCCAGGUGAAUUACUAUGGAAACCCUCACUCUAGGACACAUGCCUAUGGUUGGGAGAGCGAGACUGCCAUGGAGACUGCCAGGAAGCAGGUGGCCGAUCUUAUUGGAGCCGAUCCCAGAGAAAUCAUCUUCACCAGUGGAGCCACAGAGUCCAACAACAUGGCCAUCAAGGGCGUGGCCAGGUUCUACCAGGCCAAGAAGCGACAUGUGAUCACAACACAGACUGAACAUAAAUGUGUUCUGGACUCUUGUCGUGUCCUGGAGGCUGAAGGAUUUGAGGUCACCUACCUGCCUGUCCAGAGUAAUGGACUUCUGGACCUGAAGUUACUGGAGGCCUCCAUCCGUCCAGAAACCUCACUGGUGUCUGUGAUGACCAUCAACAAUGAAAUUGGAGUCAAGCAGCCCAUCAAGGAAAUCGGUCAGAUUUGCCGAUCCAAGGGAGUCUUCUUGCACACCGAUGCUGCGCAGGCUGUUGGAAAGAUUCCUAUCAGUGUCUCUGACUGGAAGGUUGAUUUGAUGUCAAUUAGUGGUCACAAGAUCUACGGACCCAAAGGUGUGGGCGCUUUGUAUGUGCAACGCCGACCUCGAGUUCGUUUGGAGCCGCUGCAGAAUGGGGGUGGCCAAGAAAGAGGUCUUCGCUCUGGGACGGUACCCACUCCGCUGGCUGUCGGACUGGGAGCCGCCUGCAGCAUAUCUCAGAAGGAGAUGGAGUAUGAUCAUCAAAGAGUGUCCAUGCUAGCUAACCGUCUGGUCCAGAAAAUCAUGUCUGAGAUUCCUGACGUUGUCAUGAAUGGAGACCCAGAACAGCGCUACCCUGGAUGCAUUAAUCUUUCAUUUGCCUAUGUGGAAGGAGAAAGUUUGUUAAUGGCGCUGAAGGAUGUUGCUUUGUCAUCUGGAAGUGCAUGUACAUCAGCUUCUCUGGAGCCAUCAUACGUUCUCAGAGCCAUUGGAGCAGAUGAAGACCUUGCUCAUUCUUCCAUCAGGUUUGGUAUCGGUAGGUUCACCACAGAACAAGAAGUUGAUUACACAGCAGAGAAAUGCAUCCAGCACGUCCGCAGACUCAGAGAGAUGAGUCCUCUCUGGGAGAUGGUUCAGGAAGGCAUCGACCUGAAGAGCAUCAAGUGGACGCAGCACUAGACCCCACCCACUGCUUGCCGAUAAUGAUUACGGUUCCUAAGAAAUUCUUGGGAUGGUCCAGCUAUUUUAUCCUCUAAGCAAACACGCACAAACUUCCUGUCCAACUUGAAGUCUGUUUGUAACUAGCUCUUUGUUUUUGUACAAGUUCCUCACGUUUGGUCUCUUAGGAGACAUUAAGCAACAACACUGCUGUCUCUGGCAGUUGUAUUCUACAAGAAGGCUUCCGCAAAAUGUGCAACUUUAUAUGAUCUGAGAUACAGCUUGAAAGCUGAAUAAGCUGAAUCCUACAAAUCAUGAUAAGGGAUAGAACAAUAGAGUACAAUGGACAGAAUAUGUAGUUUGUGCCAUUUUUGAGUAAGAUGCAAGGAGAGGAAAAAUCUAUUACAUCAUUUAAAAUAAAUAGAAGCAAAAGAAAAAACUGGCAUGUUUUGCCAGCUGUUCUUAUUUAUAUUAAUGUUUUACAGUGACCAUUCAUCUACUACCGUUUUAUAUAUAGAUGCAGUCAUGCUGCAGUAUGUAUCAGUUUGAAUUACAUGGAUGUAAUAUUAUCCUGAUGUCAAAGCCUGGUUAAAAGCUUUUUAAGGUAAAACUCAGUUUACAAAUCCAACUUUGAUCUUAAAAUAUGAAAUGUAAAAAGGAGAAAAGCAGCUUGAACUAAGUCAUCACAUUUAAUUUGGCCAUUUUUUUCCCCAUCUUCCUUCUCCUUCUCACUUCUUUAGUCAUUUUCUCUCCAUGGACGAAAGGAGGAGAUAAACAACUUGCUCCAAAAUUUCAGCAUAUCCACUCGUCUGACAGCUUCACCUGUUUUUUUCUAAGAGACUUUGAUGUGUCUUUGAGUGCUGUACUCAAUGCGAACUAUGAUGGUAGGGGAUUUAAAUGUAUAUGGUUGAUUUAUAAAUAUAUCUAAAAAAAUUUAGGUAAUAUUGAUGCAA